AUGACAACACUACUUGUAAGAAAAUUAUGCAUUAUAUCACAAUAUGGCCUAUUCGAGAAAAGAAAUUUUGUGGUUCAAGAUCAUCAAAAUAUGCAAUCUAAUUCGCAUCAUCGUCAACAGCUAAAAAAUAAACAACCUCACAUUUCAAAACAACCUCAUCACCAUCAACAACCAACACCUCUCAUUCCUGACUUCGUAUCUCAAGACGGUAGCAACGACAACAAUAAUGAUAGAAAUCCAAAUUUAUUAUUGAGAAAAAGUAAAUCAAUAAAAGUAAAUAGGGAUAAUCGUGGCGGAAAUAGAUCAAGGACAAAUAAUCUUAUUAAUAAUUCUCAUCAUCGUAAAUCAAAAUCUUUAACCGGCCUACUUGAAUCAUUAAAUGAUUAUAAUACCAAGGAUAAUAAUCGUAAUAACAAUUACAAUAGCAAAUUGUCAUCUUCACCGCCUUCCAAAAAUCCGGAGGCUCUUUUCAUACGUGAUGUGUUGUCAUUUGCAACUGCGUCAAAUCUUUUGUUAUCAAAUUCCAACGACAAUAACAAUUUUGAUAAUAUGAAUAAAAAUAACCAAUUAAAUAAUAAUAAUAAUAAUGUUAAAAAUAUUAAUACUAAAACUAUUAAAUAUGACGAAGCUUCUUCUUCAGAUGGUGAUUCGAGCCCAUUAGCCACAAUAAAAUCUAAUUUAUUGAGUAAUCAAAAUUCAUCAAACGAUUCCUCUGAUUCAUCAUCUACUGACAAUUAUGAUUCUUCAGAUGAAGAACAAAAACAUGAUAAUCUCCUUAAUAAUAAUAAUAGCAAUAACGAAGUAGAAGAAGAAGAUGAUGAUAGCGAUAUAGAAAGUCCGUUUGUGGCUACAAGAACUUUAAUGAGAAAUCCCAAAUCUCCAACUGUAAAAAUUCAAAAUGAUUAUUUGUCACGUGAAAAUAGAAAUGAUAAUGGUGGCCGAGAUUGUUUCUCCGAUGAUAAUAACAAUGGAAGGUUAUACCCUGAUCUUAAUAUUGAUUCGAUUAGAAGAAGAAAAAAAAGAGGAGAAGAUCAUUUAAGGUUACGAGAAUGUUUUUCAGAUGAUAAUGGGAGAACUUCAUCUAGAUAUAGAGAUAAUCGUUUAAAGUUGAAUAAAUUAAGCCAUUUGGAAGGUGAUAAUCGGAGAAUUAAAGAAAAAAACAUUGAACAACAACAACAUGACAACCAUCGAAGAAAGCCAAUCAAGUCUCGUAGCAAUGAAAAGGAUCAAGGACAUGAUAAAAUUACCUUAACGAAAGAUAAAGAACAUCAUCAAUCACAAAGACCGCAAACUACAAAAAUUCAGAAUGAAGAAAAAAGUCAUGAUAAAUCAAAAAUUGGAGAUGAACAUACAAGAAAAAAAUCUAAAGAACGAUCUAAAUCUAGAAAUAGAGAGAAAAAAUCUCUUAUUGAUAAUAUAUUUACGCGUCGCGAAAAGACAAAACUUAUUGAAUCAUCAUCUACUGUAAAAGAAUCUUCAAAAACUGAAGUGAGCCAAUUCAAGGAUAUGCAGUUAACAAAUGAGACUACUGCAUUGGGCGUUCUUACUAAAUUUCGAAGUGAAAAUACAAUCACAAACGCAGAUGCAUGGACAUUAUUUGAAAUCAAUAACGAAUAUGGACUAGAACGUCCAUUCAGAGAUUGGGAAUGUGUUGCAAGAGUAAUCCAGUAUUGGGAAGUCGAGAAAUCCAAUGCAUUAGUUAUAAAGAAAUAUGCCCAUAGAAAUACAUUGUCAUUAAAGGGAUUUACUGAAUCAAGCUCUCCAACGAAACAGGGUUGGUUAAAUUUAGAAGGUAAAAAAGGUAAAUGGCAAAAAAGGUAUUUCAAUAUUAGAGAUGGUUCUAUAUAUCACAGUAAAGAUUUAAAGGGAACAAAUGAAACAUUCCUUUGUGCAUUGACAAGUUUUGAUGUGUACACAACAUUACCAAAGUUUAAUACAAAAGCUCCUACAAAAUUCAUAUUUGUCAUAAAGUCUCAGGAUAAAAUUACAAUGUUUGAAAACCCUGAAGAUGAUUAUAUGCAUGUAUUAUGUGCAAAUAAUUUGGAAGAAAUGCAAGAAUGGAUUUUACGUAUAAGAACUUCAAGGAAUUAUCUUAUGCGUGAAGAAAGUCCUGCAACGUUUUCUGGAAUAAAUGAAAAAAAGAUUAAACCAACGAUUAAUCUUGCGGUAACAGAUGAUAUGUCAAGACCAUUUGCUAGUGGAUCAUUGUUAGAUUAUAACGAAAAAAACCCACCAUUGAAACAAACAGAACCUGAAAAUAAGUCGUUCUUCAAAGGAUCUUUAUUGGCCACAAGUGAUUCAUUGUUUGAACAGGCCAAAGAAAGAGAAAAGGUCCGGCGUGUAGUCGGAGGAAGUGGUUAUGUAAAAGAUGCAAUUUCUGGUACCACUUUGGUUAAUAUUGGUGAUUCUUUACAUUUCCAAAAAGGCUCUUUAUUGAGUGGUAGAAAACAUGAUAAUCCUGAGAAUACUGUCUCAUCACCAUCAACAACAAAUUUACAAGGAGGGCACCAUUAUAUUCAACUUGAAGAAAAUGUACGAUUCAACAAAGAAUUUUAG